GAUUAUAAAUUAACAUAAUAUAGAUCUACAAGUUUUAUAAAGUUCAAUAAUACAAAGUACUUCCGGUGGUCAUUUGAUAGCGGGAUCAUUUGUUGGCUGACACCGGUCUAUUUUUAGACACACCCUGUUUAAGCUGGUUGAGACGAAAGUACAUUUUGUGGACAAACGUCCAAUUUUUUUAAUUUACACCAAAAAUGACCAUAUACAAGUUAGCAGCAACCGAGAAAAAAGCAGAAAAGGAUGCGGAGGUGUUACACGAACCACUGACUGGUGAGAAGGAUGAACUUGAGCUGGAUGUAGCGACACCAAAGUUGGUUCGUGUGACAUACGGCCAGCACCGCGCGCGCACCUACGUCAAUCUGUGCCUGAUAAUAACGGCUCUCAUUGUUCUCGGGUCUGGCAUCAUUGGCGCUGUCUUCUUGUACAAGCAUCUCGCACACAGGAACAUCAUUGCUAAAUGCGGUGUGACCUAUUUUGAUGAAGUGUACCAUAGCCAAGCCAACUUCCUGCGCGGCGGGGAUGACGUGCCGAAUGCACACGAGCCUGGUUACGACUACCAGAACGAGGGUGUGGAUUUCUUCGAGGAGGAUGUCGAGGUGUCGGAGGUGCAGGGCUUUGAGCGGCUAACGAUCCCACGCUUCGACGAGUGCGAGGAGACUGUGGUCUGGCACGACUUUAUCAAGAAUUACACAGCCAUCGUGGACCACCUGCAUGAGACGUGCUACGUGAUGAAACUGAACCGCACGCUCAUUGCUCCCCCAAAAGACAUGAUCGAUCUGAUUUCCAAGUUCCAGCAUGGCGAGUACCUGCCCAAGGUGGAUGUGCUGAGAGAGAUGUACCAGGUGGUGACGCCCGCAGUCGGAAAUCUGAAGGCCCUCGGUCCGUUCAUCAUGAGAGAGUGCUACUGGUACGAAACCUACAGGCUGGAGAAGUUCGUCAAGGGAGUGUACAAACGGAGUGCAGAGAAGACCGAGAAGCACGUGGUGAAGGAGUCUCAUUUCGGCUUCCCAACCGGAAAGGGCCUUUUGCUGAAGAUGACAGUUUUACAGGAAGUGUGAGAAAACAAGCUCGAUGGCAGAGAGUCGAUUUUUUCUUUUUGCACGCACAACAAGAAGAAGAAAGAAAACACAAUAGACGUUGGCUCAAGCAGUGCCAAUUUGUUCAUUUAAAAUUACAUCCUUGUCUUGUAAGACGUUUUGUCAAUUCUAUUCUACUUGUGAUUCAAAUAUUAUAAUGUUACAGAUGUUCAUUGUUUUUUUGCCCAUGUGUUGACUGUACGUCAUAGAAAUUUAACAAUCUUAUGUGCUUGCUUAUUUUGACAUUUGUUAAAAAUGAUUGCUUUGCUGAUGCAGAAAUUGAAAAAAUAACAAAUUUUAGAUGAAUGCUUCAGAGUAUUCUAAACUACUUUCUUUUUGUUAACAAAUAGAUUGUUGCGAAUUGCUUUUGUACUAUUGAAAAUGUUUUGUGUGAUCAGUAGACAGUUUGAUAUUGUAAAACAUUUUCUUUUUAUUGCUGUCAUCUUUAAUUUUCUCCUUAUAGUACGGUUUGCUUGACCUGACGUGAAAAAAACCUUUAUAAUAUAGUCCAGUUCCAUUUACAAAUUUAUAGUACUAAAUAGGGAUGAUAUAUCGAUACAUUAUGAUUCAAAAGGCAAGUAAAAUGUAUCACGAUGUACACACUUCAUGUACUAAUACUCUUGGUUAUUUCCAUAAAUAUUCAGUGUGUUGGAAGUAUCAUAAUUUAGCGAUCGAUCACUGGUCUAAAUAACUCAUUGCAGAUGACAAUAAACAUUCUUGCCAAGAGGAAAGUUUAAAAAUACCCAUCCCAGUUAUUAAACAAUUGUGCUACAUGUUUGAUAUAUAUAUAUAUACACAAUUGUGCUACGUGUUUACUAUAAAAUUUUGUGUCCUACAGAUGUCGCUGGUCAAAAUUUCGGGAACAAAUUAUUCCCUGCCAGGUACCUUUAAAAAUGUAUGAUAUGUUCAGUUUGUGUAUAGUUUGGAAGGAACAGCGAGAGAACGUUUUAAAUUCACUAAUGGUAAUUCAAUGUGAUAGAAAUUAAAGUCCGUUGUAACAGAUGUACAAGGAGUCUCUGUCAAGAUAGGAAGAAAAUGUUUACCAAAAUUAUAAAUGAUUUAACCAUUUUUCAUUAUCUAAACAUUCAGAGGAGUCCAGCAAUUCUGUAAAUAUAGUCUUUCCAUUUAAUAAAACUAAUGAAUGGUUUAAACAUCUUAUGUGUCUAUAUUCAAAAUAGUUAAGCACUCAUUGUAUCAAUUAACCUUUACAUUUAAUAAAACUAAUGAAUUGUUGAACCAUCUUACGUUACUAAACGUCAAGCAAACUGAUAACAUUUUUGUGAUGUUUAAAUCACAAUUCUGCAUAAUAUUAAAUUGAUAUUUUUUAUUGUUAUUGAUAUAUCAAAUUAAUAACAUUGUUUUAAUCUAGAUCAAAAGUAGAUAGUAUUUUAUAUUGAUACAAUAUGAAUCUGUGUAACAGCUGGGAUGUAGAUAGUGGUAUAUCUAUUGGCACAUUAUGUUUCAAAAUGUCAUGCCAAAUUGCAGAUAUAUAUGAAACAAUGUAAUAUUUUGCAAAAUUCACUUUUAGUUUAACUUUGGCAAGUGACAGUUUAAAUGGAUUAUAAUUAACUAGAACUUGUUGGGCUUAUGACAUAAUUACAAUUCUUAGAAGAGAAGAAGCCCACUGCUGGCAUUUGUGCCCUUUUUAUUUAGCUGCAGACCCGUUCUUAAAUCUCAAUUUAAUUAUUUAUAUUACAUGCAUGCAUGUUUCAAGAUAAGUUUCCUGCAGUUUCAUUAAUCAAAUGAGAAAUGUUUAACUGAACAAUGAAUUUAUUUGUUGUAAGCAGUUGUAGUUGAUGUUUAUUCUCAUGUUAAACUGUAACUUUAAGAAUGAGUUUGUUGAAACAGUAUUUGUUUAAAUGUUUGAUCUGUUGUUGAAAUAUCAAGUCCAAGUUGAAAAAGGGAGAAAAGUAUAAACAGAAAUAGUAACAUUAACAUGUGGCUAUACCCAGAGAUCAAAGAUCAGAAUUUGCCCAAAUAUUAGAAAACUUUUCAGGUCAGUGUUCUUUGAUAAGAAGAUCACAGCAACUCUUAAUUUUUCAAUGUUUUCAAGAGUUUUCCUUUUACCAGUGUGAUUUUCAUCUCGGGGAUAACAAAUCAGCUUAGCAAUAGUUGGGUUUGUUUAGAGCGGCGAUGGGAGAUUUGAAUUGAUUGUGAAUUUUUAAAAAAUUUAAAAGCUCAAAAUAACUUUAAUGUGCAAGUAGAUUAUUUUUAAUUUUGUAUUACUGUAGUUCUAACUAUUUGUAAAUAUAUAUUUUUUGUGUAUUCUUGUUCUGUUUCAGACAGUUCUUGUGGUUCAUUUCACCAUGGAAAGUCUUUAUUAGUAAAUCUAUAUAGGGUUCAUACUGGUCACAGAAAUCCUUGAAAUUCAUUAAAUUGGAAAAUGUCAGUCAAAGGCCAGGAAAGUCAUAGUAUUUGGAGUUGGGUCAUGGAAAGUUAUAGAAAAUUAAUUGAUUGUCAUGUGACCUACGACACUUCCCCCUAGUCCCAAGAACUGGCAGGAUAGAGACAGAGGUCAGGUUACAUAAUAAUAAUAAGAAGAAGAAAACAUUAUCCAAGAUUACUUUAAAUUGGUUGAUAAUUUCUCUUAUAGCUGGUUGAAUACAGUACUAUUUUCAGGAAAUAUUUUGUUGUGCCAAUUACAUACAAUUACAAUGUGUAGUAUGUCAACUGCAGUGUGACCGAGCCUUUAACAAUAUUAAUAUUUACUUAAAAGUGCAUCUGUGUACAAACAUCUCGGAUAAGUUCCGUUUUGUAGACGAAUAUAAAAUCUGUGAUUAAAAAAAGUGGGGUGGGUUUUUGUGUAUUCGUGUUGUAAAAGUCAAAUUUUUUUGUAUGUGUAUUUUUAAUUAUUAUAAAAUGUUUUAUUUCUUUGUGGAACUGUUAUGAAAUGUAUUGUUUUAAUGAAAAAACAAAAGGUGUUGAUUUAUUGUGGGACUAUUUUGGCACCCGUAUUACCAUCCACAUCUUAGAAAAAAAGAAAAGAAACUGCACGACUGAAAAGUAUAACAGUAAAAGAGAACGUCAGUAGGAUAGACAACAGAUUAUAUUUCAUUGUCAGUACAUGUAUGUAAAUUAAAAAAAAAAUGGCAGUCAUUUUAAUUGCUAAUGCAUUUUCUAAAUGACAGUUUUUUUUAAAAGCAGUUUCUUUUGUAUAAAUACACAAACAUGUUUCUUUCAGUGAUGGUUUUAUUAAAAUUACAUCAAUGUUUUACACAGUAGAAUUUCAAUUAUUAUUUUUAAAAAUAUUUUAAUGUUCAGUUUUAUUUAACCCUAGGUUAAACCAUGUUUAUUACAGAUGUAAUGGAUAUAUUUUAUUGUAGAGCAUAUUACAGUUUGACUGUUUGGCAAUUCUGUCAGGUUUAAAAGAGGAAAGCAAUCAAUUUUUUAUUAUUAUUAUUAGUCCAAGUGCUUCAGAAAUUAAUCCCGUGUUAAUUUUGUUUUUAUAUAUAAAAUUGGGCUACAGGUUUAAGCAUGUUUCAAACAGGUUAGCAGACGUCUUUUAUACCCAUGUUACUUUAAAUACACAUUGUGUGGGGUUUUUCAAGUUAUAAAGAGGAUACUUAUAAAUACGCCAAUUUUAAAAGUCAAGAACUACUAAACAUAAUUAUUAUGUUUGGUUACAUUUGUUAGUAAUUAAAAUAAAACAUUGUGGGGGGGGGAAACCAAAUCAAAAAUGUUUUGACCUGACAGAAUUGGCAAUUUUUAUUAUCUUUUACAAAGCUGCCCGUUUAGUUUUUACAGAGAAAGAGUGGUUAAAAUUUCCUCUUCUCCACCCCAGAACAUUCCUUAGAUUUAAAUUUAAAGUUGUUUUAUUUUGUUUUCUCGAGGAGUCGACACAACAAGGAUGAUUCUCUCUGUAUCUUAUGUUCAAUUGCACGUUUGUGUGUGCAACAUUUUGUUCUGUAAUAAAGAAAAUAUUGUAAAAAAAAAAAAAAAAAAA